AUGUGGUGGACAAAACUGGUCGUUUUUGCCGUUGCGAUCGGAUUUUCAUCAAGUUCUGCAGAUGGUGAAAGCUCGGCAAAAAGCAUAGAAGGGACGUCUGUGCAUGAAUUUCGCGGUUUCUAUAAAAGGCAACAUUCACUCAUUCGGCCAUACCAAGGUGCUGGAAUGGAAAUCCCAUUUUGGAACAUCCAAGGCAACUCAGUCGUCAUGAAUGAACAAAUUCGGCUGACACCGGAUAGUCAAAGUCAGAGUGGAGCCAUUUGGAAUACACAGCCAGUUUGGUCUCGUGAUUGGGAGCUUCAAGUGUCUAUCAAGGUUUCUGGUUCCACAGGCGACUUAUUUGGCGACGGAAUGGCCAUAUGGUACGUAUCAGAACCAAAUCAGAUGGGACCUGUUUUUGGAGGAAAAGAUUACUUUCGAGGACUUGGCGUGUUUCUGGACACGUAUAGUAAUCACAAUGGCCCCCACACGCAUAGCCACCCCUACAUAUCAGCUAUGGUUUCUGACGGAUCGUUACACUACGAUCAUGACAGGGAUGGUACUCACACUCAAUUGGGCGGUGAGCAUACAGGAUGUGAAGCUAAAUUCCGUAACAAGGAUUACGAAACACAAAUCCUUUUGAGAUAUGUCGGCGAUACUUUAUCGGUUUUCACCGACAUUGCCGGUAAAUACGAGUGGAAACUGUGCAUGAGUGUGAAUGGAGUGCAACUACCAACUGGCUACUAUUUCGGGAUUAGUGCGGCUACGGGAGAUUUGUCGGGUGGGUUUGACGAAGUUAUAGAAUCGCACGAAUCCUGUGUCGUAGAUAUGACCACGGUGUUCAUACAG